CUUGACCGCUUUCUUUCAACGUAGGCGCCUUUUAAAUAAACGAAAGGGCCGUUACAAGUGGCCUGCAACUAAAACAUGUUAUGUAUCCAGAGGAACUGGAUCGCAAACGUUUCCCUGUGGGUUCACCUCCUUAAUAUCCAGGCGUUGUGCAAUGGUAGGAAUCCUCCACCGGGCAGAUUUGUCUUCCCAGACAAGAGGCAAGAUGAUUUUAUUAAAACACUGCAAGAAUACCAAGUGGUCAGCCCAGCAAAAGUCAACGCAGACGGACAUUUCCUCUCAUACAGUUUGCACCACCGUGCCUCCAGCGUCAGAAGGAAAAGAGGCUUCAGGAGAAAGGACAGCAAUGUGUAUUACAAAAUUAAGUACAAAGAAAAGAAUCUCUUCUUUAACCUAACUUUUCAUCAUGGGUUGUUGUCUCAUAAUUACAUUCUGGAACGGCGACAUGGUAACUACAGUGGUGCAAGGAUUGCCCCAAGCGUGGAAACGUCAUGUCACCUCAUUGGGACAGUCCUGCACAGUGACUCUGGGAAUGGGAAGACAGCAAUAAGCACAUGUAAUGGCCUGACUGGGUAUUUCCAUCUACCAGAUGGCGACUACUUCAUUGAGCCAGUGAAGAACUAUCAAUCAGAAGAAGGGGCUCACCCACAUAUAGUCUACAGGACAAACAUUUUUCAGAAGACUUUGCGGAAACGGCGAGAUGCAUGGGCGGAGAAAGAACAAACCUGUGGAGUAAACGAGACUCUGAACUUUUUCAAACAGCAAGAGCUUCGAAGGGAGAAGUGGGAAAGGAAUCGUGGUGUGGCCAAACCAGUCUCCCGACGCUCUGUCAGCAAGGAACGAUGGGUGGAGACCCUGGUGGUUGCUGACAGCAAGAUGAUUGAAUACCAUGGAAGCGAGAAUGUGGAAUCCUAUAUCCUCACUAUCAUAAACAUGGUGGCAGGCUUGUUUCAUGACCCCAGCAUCGGCAACGCAAUCCAUAUUGUGCUGGUUCGUCUGAUUCUUCUCGAGGAAGAGGAAGAAGGGCUGAAAAUAGUUCACCAUGCAGACAAGACGUUAGCCAGCUUUUGUAAAUGGCAAAAGAGUAUUAACCCCAAAACAGAUGCCAACCCACUUCAUCAUGAUGUGGCAGUACUUCUUACCAGGAAAGACAUCUGUGCUGGCAUGAAUCGUCCGUGUGAAACUUUGGGCUUAUCCCACUUGUCCGGGAUGUGUCAACCUCACCGGAGCUGUAAUAUCAAUGAGGACUCUGGCCUACCAUUGGCAUUCACAAUUGCUCACGAAUUGGGACAUAGUUUUGGUGUCCAGCAUGAUGGAAAGGAAAAUGACUGUGAGCCAGUGGGAAGACGCCCAUAUAUCAUGUCGAGGCAGCUACAAUAUGACCCCAAUCCUCUUACCUGGUCACGAUGCAGCAAGGAGUACAUCACACGCUUCUUAGACCGAGGAUGGGGCUUCUGCUUGGAUGAUGUUCCAAAGAAGAAGGAUCUAAAGCCCCCUUUCAUUGCUCCUGGGGUGAUUUAUGAUGUGCAUCAUCAGUGCCAGUUGCAGUAUGGACCCAAUGCUACGUUCUGUGAACAAGUUGAUAACAUUUGCCAGACGCUGUGGUGCUUUGUGAAAGGUUCCUGCCGUUCCAGGCUUGAUGCCGCUGCAGACGGAACACGAUGUGGUGAGAACAAGUGGUGCUUCACAGGUGAGUGCAUAACGGUGGGCAAGAGCCCUGAAGCUGUCCGUGGUGGAUGGGGAUCAUGGUCAUCGUGGUCACAUUGCACGCGUACCUGUGGGGCUGGUGUUCAGACUGCUGAAAGACAGUGCAACAACCCAGAACCACAGUUUGGAGGGAAGUAUUGCACAGGAGAGAGGAAACGAUACCGCAUGUGUAAUGUGAAACGGUGUCAAAGGAACACACCGAAUUUUCGCCAGAUGCAAUGCAGUGAGUUUGAUACAGUUGCCUACAAAAAUGAAUUCUACCAGUGGAUUCCAGUUUAUAACACAGCUAAUCUGUGUGAGCUUCAGUGCCGCCCUGCAAACAAUCACUUUACAGAGAAAAUGCUAGAUGCCGUUAUUGAUGGUACGCCUUGCUUUGAAGGGAACAACAGCAGAGACGUCUGUAUUAAUGGCAUGUGUAAGACUGUAGGCUGUGAUUAUGAGAUAAAUUCCAAUGCCACUGAAGAUCAAUGUGGAGUUUGUCUGGGAGAUGGUUCCUCUUGUCAGACGGUGAAGAUAACAUUCAAUCAAAGUGAAGGAUUAGGUUAUGUUGACAUUGGCCUCAUUCCAAAAGGUGCAAGGAACAUCAAGGUGGUAGAAGUGGCCGAAGCAGGAAAUUUCCUUGCAUUACGGAGUGAGAAUCCAGAGAAGUAUUACCUAAAUGGAGGGUUUAUUAUCCAGUGGAAUGGCGACUACAAAGUAGCAGGAACUAUCUUCCAAUAUGGGAGAAAAGGAGACCUGGAAAAUCUCACUGCUCCUGGACCAACAAAUGAAUCUGUAUGGCUACAGCUCCUUUUUCAGGAGAAUAAUCCAGGAAUAAAAUACGAAUAUACUGUCCGGAAAGACUCUGAAAAUGAGAUGGAAGAGCCAGAGUAUUUUUGGCAAUACGGAACCUGGACAAGUUGCAGUGUGACGUGUGGACAGGGGUUCCAACGACAAAUUGCCCGUUGUAUGAAAAAGGGGAAAGGUGUGGUGAAAAACCUCUUUUGUGAUCCAGAAAAUCAACCAAAGGGAAAGCAAAAGAAAUGCAUUGAAAAAGACUGCCCACCAAGAUGGUGGGCAGGAGAAUGGCAGAAAUGUUCAACCACUUGUGGUCCAACCGGAGAGAAGAAGCGAACCGUCCUUUGCAUUCAGGCUGCGGGAUUUGAUGAGCAAGCUUUGCCUGCUGAGGAAUGCCAGCAUCUGCUGAAACCAAAGGCUCGCCUCUCCUGCAACAGAGAUAUCCUUUGCCCAUCUGAUUGGUCAGUAAGCAACUGGACUGAGUGUACAGUUACCUGUGGUGGAGGAGUACGGACUCGUAACAUCACCUGUCCCAAAAACAAUGGAGAACCAUGUGAUAUUUCAAAGAAACCUCAUUCCAAAGCUUUGUGUGGUCUCCAGCAAUGUCCAUCCACCAGAAGACCACUGAUACCCUUUUACAAACUUCAUGGUGGAAAGAUAAUCUGGAGAAUGGGAUCCAAUCCCAGAAGUGGACCUUCAAACACAUUACCCACCCGAAAACCCAGGCCAACAAUCUCAGCAAUAAAAACAACUAUAAUGACGACAAUGACAACAACAACAACAAUGAUAACAACAACAAUGAUGACAACAACAAUAACAACACCUGAGCCUAUAAAUGUUACUUCAACACCCACUUUGUUUGGCCUUAUGAAUUCUUCUCCACAAGAAGACUUGGAAAUAAAGAUUUUACAAAGUAAUUCCAGUGUUUCAAGUAUUAGCAAUAAUUAUUCCACCAUUUUUAGUGAGAACAGUUCACUGAAAAUUAGCACUUGGAGACCUAUUACAAAUAAUUUGAAUCUGACAAAUGUUACACAUAUAGGGAAUAUCUCUGUCAUAAAACCAUGCAAUUCUUCAGAAGGUGACUCUGUAAACAAGAAUUCUCUUACCACUGAUCCCAUGUCUCGAGUUAUAACUCCUAUGUAUCAUCAUUCAACUGAAGUCCCUGAGGCAGGGCCUAAUCAUACUGGUGUUGUAACAAAACAUAAAGAGAUCCUGAGUGAAUGGGAAAUGGGACAAUCUAUUACUACUGUCCAUGGCAAGACUUCAGAAAUUUCAUCAAAAGAAUAUCAUCCUGAUAGUUUUAGCCUGGCGUCUGUUACUCCACUACCAGAGAUUGAUGUUUUGUUGACAACUGUAGCUCCCAUAGACCUUGAUGUACAAAUAAAUACACCUGUAACAGCAGAUCCAUAUAUAGAUCAACCAGCAUGGUUAGAUGAUAUAACAGGAAAUGAGUCAGAAAAUAAAACAAUAUCUAAGCCGUCUGCCAAAGAAACAUCCACUCAGCCCACAGAAAGUCCAUUUCUUCAGAACGCCAAUAUGCCAGAGAACCAGGACAAAGAUUUCAAGAGAAUGUUAUCAAACAAUUCUGACCCAGAACACCCAAGUGAGUCCAUCAGUUUCCAUGCUGAUGUUUACUGGAUAGUUGGAAAUUGGAGUAAGUGUUCCACCACCUGCGGUGGGGGAGCCUUUUGGAGAGAGGUGGAAUGCAGUACACAGAAUGAGUCAGACUGCCAGCACAUUACAAAGCCUGAACCGGCACGAAGGUGUUACCUGCGCCCAUGUGCCCAGUGGAAAACUGGCAACUGGAGCAAGUGUUCUUCCAGCUGUGGAGGCGGUUUCAAGACCCGUGAUGUUCAUUGCCUUGAUGUGCGUGAGAAUAGAAUCCUGAGGCCAUUUCAUUGCCAGAUAGUCGAACGCAAACCAUCACUGAACACGAGCUGCAAUAAACAACCUUGCUUUGAGUGGCAUGCGGAGGCCUGGAAUGAGUGCCCUGUUACAUGUGGUGGAGGUCUCCAGCAAAGAGCAGUGCAGUGCAUUAGCAUGGAAGACCAUCUGGUGGAAGAUAUGAACAUGUGUGACCACAAGACCAAACCUCCAGGCUCUCAGAAGUGCAACCUGCAAGAGUGUGUGGCAAGCCCAGGGUCAGCUUGCAGAAAAGACAGGCUGUCAGCAAAUUUCUGCAAGAGGGUGAGGGAUGUCGGCAAAUGUUCGGUGCCAUCUGUGCAGAAGCAGUGCUGCUCCACAUGCAAGACACCCUGGACUGUUAGUAAAAGAGGACCUCGGCAUCUAUCAAGCCUCAGAUCAUAAAGUGACCGAGAACUAAGAAGGCCAAAUCAGAAAUCUAACCUAAGCAAUGCUAUUAAGCAGGAGUGCCUCACCCACCACAAUGUCUGGAACUAUAAUACUGUGACUUUAAUCUGUUCCAAAUCCAGUGACUUUAAUGUGACUUUAAUCUGUUCCAAAUCCAGUGACUUUAAUCUGUUCCAAAUCCAGAGUAACCUUAGCUCAGAUUCAGAUCAUUGGGUUUAUUUUGUUCUAAUGUUUUGUGUUAUUAGUUUGUUCUAUUACUAAGAGCCUGUUCACACAGCCAUUUGCCCCACUGUGUGAUGAUGGGUUGGGUGGGUCUAUUCUUUUGUCAUGGUGUCCAUAUGGGGACACUACUGUACCAGACUAAUUUGCCCAAACCUGAACCUUUUUGCACCCCUGCCAAGGGGUUCUACUCUUUGAGUGCAGAUUGGAGGGCUCCAGUUUAGUCCAUUCCCAACAAGUGCAGUCACUUGGAAUGGGCUAAAUUAGAGCCUGGUAGCUCUUUCCAGUGUCAAUUUCCAGUAUCCUGAAGUGACUUAGGAACCACUUCAGGCUAUCAGAAAUUCAACACUUCCCCUGGUUAUCUGUUGAGAGUCAGGGGAAGUGAAAUUUGUAUUGCAUAUGCUAGAUCACCACUGAUGCAAUGAAUCACUUGCAUUAACAUUUUAAAAUAUAUAUUUCUUUGCCUCUCUGUGUAUUGCUGAUCACAAUUGCAAGCAGUUUCUUACACAGAAAGGCAUACACAC